AUGGUCUUGACGCUCAAACUGUCUUUGUUGGAAUUUACUGCAAACUUCUUUAAUAACAAUUACUUGUCUUCCUGUGCAGGAGAAAAGAGCUGCAAAGAACUGUUAGACAAAGGAAACAGGAUGAGUGGUUGGUACACCCUAUAUCUCCCAAACUGUAUGGCCAUCAAUGUAUUGUGUGACAUGCAUACGGAAGGAGGUGGAUGGAUAGUUUUUCAGAGAAGAAUAGAUGGCUCUGUAGAUUUUUUCCGCGACUGGGAAGAAUAUAAGAAAGGUUUUGGCAGCCACAUAACAGAUUUCUGGUUAGGGAAUGAAUAUAUUCACCUUCUGUCAUUGUUUGGUACUCAGGAACUUCGCAUUGACCUCAUGGAUUUCGAUUACAAACGCACGUUUGCCAAGUAUGCAUUAUUCAAAGUAUUUUCAGAGAGAGAAAAUUAUAAGCUGAGUCUUGGAAGUUUCAUUUUAGGUACUGCAGGGGAUUCAUUAUCAGUCCACCAUAUGAUGCCAUUUUCAACUAAAGACCGAGAUCAAGAUCCUCAGUCGAAUCAGUGUGCAACAACCUACAAAGGUGCUUGGUGGUUCAAUGAUUGCCUAGAUUCCAAUUUAAAUGGGCAGUAUAAGAAUGGAGAACAUGAGACAUUUGCAGAUGGUAUAAUCUGGAAGGCAGACAAAGGGUAUUAUUACUCCUACAAACAGACCGAAAUGAAAUUUCGCCCAGUUUAA